CUCGAGUAUGGUUAGUUUUGUUCUUGUUCAAAGACAAGUUUUGUUACUUUCAUUUCAUUGUUAGCCCCCUUCUUUUUUUCUCAAAAAAAUUCCAUGUUCGGAAAAUCGGCUCGUUUUUCCUAAGUAUCGUCAAGGUUCAUGUACUGACUGAAGCUCAAAAUUCUUAUCUAUCUCGGGAUCAUGUGUCAGUAUUUUUUACUCAGGUAGUUUUCAUUUGUUCAUCCUUGUUAUCAUCCCGGGUUCUUCGUACUUGAAGAGUUUGCUUCAUCCUGAAAAAUGUUUGAGCUCGACGACGAUUUCGACUUUGAUGAUGAAGAUUUCGACAAGAUUUGCACUGGGAAAACUCUGGAUAAGAGCGCUAAAUUCACAUCUGUAGAAACGGAUGAGAAGAAAAAGGAGAAGCCGCCAGAGCUUCAAUCCGCGUUUGACCAAUACGCUGAGGAUGAUGAUGAGUUACUUCUUUCAGUUAUAGAACCGGACCCUUUGCCUGAACGAAAUGACACUAGAGGAAAGCCUGAAAGGAAAUUGGAACUUGUUGACUCAGAGAAAUUAGAUCUAACAAUUCAGCCGCCAUCCUCCAAAAACAGUUCAUCCUCUAAAAAAUCUAAAUUACAGUCUCCUCUGAAUGUAUCAGGAAAUUCCUCAAUUUUCUCGCCAAGCUCACGACUAGAUUCUUCUGCAUCAGUCACUCCCAUCGUUUGCCAGAGAAAAUUUCCUGGCCCAGCUGGAUUGCUUCCAAAGCGAACUUCGAAUGCUUUUAAAAGCCCUCACUCAUCCAUGCUCACGGACUUCAAUUUUGACGACUGCUCUUCGUUACAGAAAACUGUUUGUUCUCAAAACUCGAACGCUAGUUUUGAGGCCGGUCCAUGGCAGUACGUGAUGAGGGACUUCGCAGCAAUCGAAAAAGAAGACUGCAUGUUAAAUAAUUUCACUGUAGCUUGGGUCAAGAGGAAAGCCAUUGCCCGACAAUUCGUAAAAAAUCGAGUGCCUUUCCUUGCUGCCUUACUCACGAGCUUGGAUUGCUCAGCCUUGGACAAAGUAUCUGGCCCCGUCGUGUUCCUCAAAGAUCCUACAGGAGAAAUCCAAGGGACAUUGCAUAGAGAAGCCUGGGAUAAAUUUGGUCCGUACCUGGUGAUUGGAAGUGUUCUUGUACUACGACAAGUCGCAGUUUAUACUGCAGGCACUUCAACCCGACAACAGUAUCUGAAUAUUACUGCUAAAAGUAUUGCAAUCAUCUAUCCUCCAGAUUCUAGUCCCAAAUUAGAAGUGUAUCCGGUUUCAUUAGAAGAAGUAAUGCAUAGAAUAGGAGAGUGGAAAAUAAUAACACAACAGAGCAUUAACGAUUCACUUUCUGUCAGAAACCCUGUUCAGCCUAUCGCUCCACGAUCUCUGUUUUCUACUUCUAGUGCACAGCAAUCUAAAUCAGCUCCAUGCCUGGGUGAGCCUGCGUCAAAACGCCCUUGUUACGAAUCCAACAAUGUUCGUAGGAAUAACGUUCCCAGUCCAUUUCCCAUAGGUUUGACAAAAAGUUCCAGCCAGGGUUCAAGUUUGACAAAUAUCAGUCCUAGAAUUAGUCUCAAUAGUUCUCGACCACCUCAAAAAUCAAAUUCUAUCCCUAAAGUACAGAAUAGCUUCCAAAGUAGUACUUGCAAAUCAAGUAGUAAUUCCAAAAUGUCUGCUGGUGAAAGCGCAAAUGUUAAACCACAAACAAAUACACUUCAUUGUUUGGACAAAACAAAAGAAAAUAAAGUUCCUGAAAGCAAGACAUGUAUCAACAGUCUUCCAAAAAUGAACGAUGAUGAUCUUUCUGUGCUGUCAAGUGUUCUAGAAGGUAUUGAUGCUGAUAUGUUUGAUGAUUUCUGAGGUAGCUUUUUAGUUUUUGUUAAUUUUUGUUAAAUUUCUUCGUGUUCUGUCCUGUUCAAAGUGUACAUCUCAUUUUUGUUAAUUCCCCCGUGCCGAAGUUGAAUUUGUAAAAUUGUAUCACUCUAGAAUAAAUUUACUAUUCAAAAUCAAAGCGUACCCCUAAUAAAUAUUUCAUUUGGAUUGCAA